GGGAUGGGAUGGGAUGGGAUGGGAUGGGAUGGGAUUUUUCUGGCAGGUUUAUCAGCACAGCCGAGGGAUGGGAUGUGGGAAUGGGGGAACCGGGAUCUUGCUGGGGGCCGGGUGGAAUGAGCAGGGAGUGCUGCACCCAAGGGGGUUUUGGGCUGGUCCGUGGGGACAGCCUGGAUGGGCUGGGACCACCCUACAGCCUGGAACCCAAAACCCAGGACCCCAACCCGGCCCCCUCCACCUCCCCCGUGGCGGUGCCGGGUCCCCUCCCGGUGCUGCCUCUGGGCGGGGUGUGACGGCUCCCCCAGACCGGCGCAGGGCGGGGGCCGGAGCCCCGCAGCUCCGCUCGGUUCCCCCGGUGCCACCGGGAUCCCGGCCCCGGCCCGGCUCCCGGGAGGGCUCAGAUUCCCUCCCGGCGGCCCCGGCGGGCGCUGGAGGCGGCCCAGGUUCCACCCGCGCAGCAAGGCGGAGGCGGACGCCAUGGAGAAGGAGCUGCUGGAGGAUUAUCGCUUCGGGCGGCAGCAGCUGAUCGAGAUCUGGGGACACGCCUGUGCCGUGGCUGUCACCAAGGCGUUCCCGCUGCCGUCGCUGCCGCGGAAGCAGCCCACGGUGCUCGUGGUGUGCGGGCCGGCGCAGAACGGGGCCAUCGGGCUGGUGUGCGCUCGCCACCUCCGCAGCUUUGAUUACGAGCCCACCAUCUUCUACCCCAAGCGCUCCCCGGACCCGCUGUACCGCGAUUUCACCACGCAGUGCGAGAAGAUGGACAUCCCCUUCCUGUCCUACCUGCCCACCGAGGUGCAGCUCAUCAACGACGCCUACAACGCCGUGGUGGACGCGGUGCUGGGAGCCGAGGCCGAGGUGGCCGAGGGGACAGAGCCGUGCGCGGCCAUCCUGGCCACCCUCAAGCACAUCCGCAUCCCCAUCGUCAGCCUGGAUGUCCCCUCAGGGUGGGCGGCCGAGGCGGGUGGCAGCGGUGGGAUCAGCCCCGAUGUCCUGGUGUCGCUGGCGGCCCCCAAGGAGUGCGCGCGGCGCUUCCUGGGCCGGCAGCACUUCGUGGCCGGGCGCUUCCUGCCCUACGACGUGCAGAGAAAGUUCGAGCUCAACCCCCCCGAGUACCCCGGCACCGAGUGCGUGGUGGCCCUGUGACCCCCAAAUAAAGCUCUGGUGGCCCUGGGACCCCAAAAUAAAGCUCUGGUGGCCCUGGGACCCCAAAAU